AUGGGCCGGAAAAAUCUAUUAAAUUGCAUUCGAUUCGAUGAAUGGGAUCCUGAAAAGGUUGCCGCUUGGCUAAGAGGCCUUGAUGAUGUUAUGCUCCCAUAUGCCCAUUAUUUUCUUAAUAAUGGCAUUGAUGGAAAAAAACUCUUCAUGCUUUCACAUUAUGACCUGGAAAAACUCAAUGUUACAAAAAUUGGUCACCAGGAACUCAUCCUAGAAUCGGUUGGACUACUCUCUGCAUUGCGUUAUGGGUUUGAAACUGAGAAUUUACAGUCAUUAGCCCUGCAGUUGAGUGUCAAAGCACGUAGCCUUGUAGCAGAACUGAAGAAACAAAAUAUGGAAGAAGAAUCAAACAAGAAUAUAGGAUCAAAUAAGAGGGAGUCUCACAGACAGACCCCCACAGUAUCUGUCUUAACUGCAGUCUGUGAUAUAAUCAGUUCUUUGAAGCCAAUUAUUACCUGGUUGGAUAGGUCUCCAUUUGAGGGGAUGUAUGAACUGCGGAUAUUUCGCAAGUCAAUUGUGAAAAUAGGGAUUGAACUUCUGGAUUACUCUUUGACCUCUCUUUCCAACAAGGCCAAAAUACAACCAUCUGAGAAUGGUUUGGUCAAGUCUGUAAGUCAUUAA